GGGAGCGCAUGCGCCAAGUGGCUCUGGAAACGGGGCCAAAAAAAUCGAUGGCAUCGUUAGUCGUUGGGCGUUUGAGGGCCAGGAAGCAUGUCGGAGCCCACAGAGAUCAACAGCUACGAGCAGGAGUGCCAGCGGGCGGAGCUCCUGGGCCUCCAGCCGCCAGACAAGGCGGACUUUGAGCGGAAGCGCCAGGCAAGGAUGGAGCACGAAAUGGCCGAGCAGGAAGCCGCCGAGGCGGUGCUGCUGGAGCAACAGGACGAAUCCCUGGGCAACGUGGGCGGCAAGCUGGGCGAGCUCAACAGCAUCCUGUCCAGCACUCAGCAGAAGUUGAAUCGCUUCAAGCAGACAGCCUGCGGCAGCCUGACGAACAUCUUUGCCCGGGCCAGUUCGGGUUCGGUGGAUCUGACAGCCGGGGCUGGAGGCAGUGGAGUCCCUAACCCGGCUACGGAGCAGCAGCCACCACCGGUGCGGGAGCAGCCGAUGGCCAAGCCACCGCCAACGGCUGCUGAGGUGGCCGCCGCCAAGGCAGCCAAGGCGAAGCGCAUGGACUCGCAGCUGGACAAGCUGGACGCGCUCAUCAACCAGGCGGACAAUGCCCAGAUCGCCAUGAGCGAGCAGACCCAGCAGAUGCGUCGCCUGGCCAAGUAAAGGUAAUCCCGGCCAGCCGUCUCCGUCUCUCCAUUCUCUUCCUUGUUUUGGAUGAACACAUGAGAUUCGCUUAAAACUAAACACAAGUGGAGGGAGGGAUAACCCAAAGCGUCUUCAAUCACAAUUCAUCCCCUCGACAUAGUUAGCAUACAUGUACUAUAUAUAUAUAUAGUUUAGAUCAGAGUUUUCAAAAAAGUAUCCCGGUUCUAUAACUUUUGACAAUAAUAGUUUCGUAUUUAUGAUACAAAUAUAUAUACAUAUAUAUAUAUAUAUAUAUAUAUAAUUUCUUCCUAAUCCCGAUGAGGCUUUGCCCCCUUUGGAAAGUUUUCAAUUCUGACUUUCCCUUCCCAGUAUUUUCAAAAUUUACAUUUUUUUGAAGCUAACCACCUUUUAAGUCACAUUUUGGAAAACAUAUUUCAGUUCGUUUUUCGAAAAAAUAAUUCUUCCUUUUGGAUAUUAUUGGUAUGUUGGGAUGGGGGAGGGAGGGUACAAACAAGGGAAGCAAUAUUUUUCGAUCAUAAGCAGUGCGUUUCAGGGCUGUAAGGACGGCCCUACACAGUCACCUUGAAAGUGUUUUUCCAGCUAAUACUUGUUGCCACACGUUUGUUAAACUAUAUUAGACAAAAAUUAUAUAAUGUAUCGAGUAAUAAAAUCAAAACUUUCUUCUUAAACUAAGAAA